GUGCCUGCCAAAGUCCGACUUCCCGAGCCUGGGGAGCGGCCGCCUCCGGGGAGGUGGCGCCUGCCAGGACGGCCGGGCCUGGAGGGCGGGGCCGGGGCGCGGCUCCGGAGUCCCGAGGCUGGGCGGAGAAGCCGGGCAGCAGCAGGACCGCUUCUCCCGAGCCGGCAAGCUGGAGCUGGAACUGGAAUUCCGUGGGGCUGGGGCCCCGGCUGCCGGGCAGCGGCUCCUCGAGGCCGAGGUCCCGGCGGAGAAUGAGCCGGAGGCGGUGGCGGGCUCCCGGCGGAGCAGCGGGUCCGGGAGUAUGCUGCGCUGGUUCAUCACCGUGAUCCUGUGUGCCGCCUUCCUGGGGCUGGGAAUGAGUGUCGCUAUCCUGGGACCCACGUUUCCAGAUUUGGCAAUAAACGUGAACCGCAACAUCAGCAGUCUUUCUCUGAUUUUUGUGGGCCGUGCCUUUGGCUAUUUGAGUGGCUCUGUGAUUGGUGGAGUUCUUUUUGACAGUAUGAAUCAUUUUCUACUUUUGGGGAUGUCAAUGUUGGCUACAACAGUUGGUCUUUAUCUUGUUCCAUUUUGUAAGGUGGCAGUAUUACUGAUUGUCAUGAUGUCCGUCUUUGGUGUUUCAAUGGGCAUUCUGGAUACAGGUGGUAACGUCCUCAUCUUGGCUCUUUGGGGGGACGAAGGAGCCCCACAUUUGCAGGCCUUACACUUCUGUUUUGCCUUGGGUGCCUUUUUGGCUCCCCUGCUGGCUAAAUUGGCAUGGGGCACGACAGCGUCUUCUGAAAACCACACAGAGGCUGACUUGAACCAUUCUGCUCUCAGCUGGUCAUCUGAAGCUGACUCAGAAUCCCUACUCGGAGUACCUGACAAUAUGAAUUUACUGUGGGCUUAUGCUUUUAUUGGUACUUAUAUUUUUGUAGUUUUUAUCUUAUUUUUUGCUCUAUUUUUAAAGAAAAGCUCAAGGCAGGAAAAAGCAAAAGCAUGUGCUCAGAGGUCUCGAAGAGCUAAAUAUCACAACAUCCUGCUUUGUCUCCUUUUUCUGUUCUUCUUUUUCUAUGUUGGAGCCGAAGUAACAUAUGGCUCGUACGUUUUCUCCUUUGCAACCACUCAUGCUGGCAUGAAAGAAAGUGAAGCGGCCGGGCUGAACUCCAUCUUCUGGGGGAGCUUUGCAUCCUGCAGGGGCCUGGCAAUCUUUUUCGCUGCAUGUUUACAACCUGGAACCAUGAUCGUGUUGAGCAACAUUGGCACCCUGGCGUCAUCUUUAUUUCUGGUGCUUUUCAACAAGAACCCAGUUUGCCUCUGGAUUGCAACUUCAGUGUAUGGAGCCUCGAUGGCGACCACGUUUCCCAGUGGUGUUUCUUGGAUCGAGCAGUACACGACUAUCCAUGGAAAAGCUGCAGCAUUUUUUGUAAUCGGUGGUUCCUUGGGAGAAAUGGCCAUUCCUGCAGUAAUUGGAAUUCUUCAAGGACAAUACCCUGAUUUGCCUGUAGUUUUGUACACCUCUUUGGGGUCAGCAAUAACUACUGCUAUUUUAUUUCCUGUGAUGUAUGAAUUAGCCACCUCACCUCUUCGCCAUCAGCAAAAAGAACACAGGAAGAGUGAGGACCACAAAGCUUUGCUCUCGAGCUCUGGGCUACAUGACUGUGAGGAAGAGGGUGUAGAGGAAGAUGCAGAAAAAUGGAACGAGAUGGAUUUUGAAGUGAUUGAAAUGAACGAUACAAUGAGGAAUUCUGUACUAGAGACAUCUAGAAAUAUUUUGAUGGAGCCCACAGCUGAAGUCUCCAACCAGUACCACUCACAUGCUUUCGUGUUUGAGUCUUCUUCAGUUAAUACUGGCAAGUCCGCUGUGAAUCACUUGCAAGACAUCAGGACAAAAGGGACUAACACUUAGAGAAGAUGGAUUAUUUACUGACUUCCUUGAAUAAUUGCCAGUUCUAAAGAGGCCAGUCAGAGCAGAGCCUUAGCAGAUUUCCAGCAUGUUCUGGGUAUCAAAAUUUCUAGAUCAGAGUAUAGCAAAUGCUAAAAACAUUUUGAAACAUUCUCUGAUUCUCAGAAUCUUCCAUAAAGAACCAAUGGUCUCAUACAGUAGAAUCUUGUUGUAAGGCUAGUGUUUGGCAUGUGGCUGAUUUGGUAGUAUUUUACGGUCAUCACCCUUCAGAGCAUGCAAAGAAGGCAUUUGUUUUUGAGAAGUUGGGUGCUGUUCUAGUAAAACGAAACCAUCCAGUAAUUGAAUCAAUUAGUUGAACAAAUUAUCAGUCGUCAGUAGUCUACCAGGGAAGUCGAGGGGAGGAGUUUGAUGAAAGAACCUCUUUGAAAAUGGACAGAUUUUCAUUAAUUGCUUUACCCUGUCUGUAGCGUUGGACCAAAGAACGCUAAUGACUCAUUUGAUUCCUGAUUUCUAUGAAGACAGCAUAGAACAGGGCUCCCAUAGACUUGGCUUUAAGCCUUGACUGCUGCUUUCCAGCCUUCUGGACCUGCACUCAGCCACUUAACUUACAUUGGCUUUGUUGAUCUCAUCUCCUGAUCUGGGAUUCUGUAAGUGAAAAGAAGAUGAUUUUCAAACUAGGAAUCCAUAAGUUUUAAAGUUUAUGCAGGAUGUCUGCUAGAAAUUAAUAUAAAUGCCACCCCAUUCUUCCUUUCAAAUGAGAAGGGAAACAAAAUGAUAGCUUUAAGAAUGUGCUACUGAUUAUGAAUUCAUGUCAAUUUAAGACACUCUGUUUAAUAUUUUAUUUGAAUAAUUAUCUGAAGAAUACAUUCUUUAGUACUGUAUUUCAUUGAUUCUAAGAUGCACCUUUUUUCACAUUUUUAACAUCUCUGAAAUCAGAAUAUGUCUUAAAAUCAAUGAUUAUUUAAGAUUGUGACAAGAUUUAAUUGACAGUUUUUUUCCAUAUAUAUAGCGAGAGUAACGUUGUGUUUUACAAUCAAUGUCUUAGAUUCAGUGAAAUACAGUAAUUCAUUCAAUUAUGGAGAUUAUACUAUUUUUACAGACAUUUUAAAAAGAAAAGUUAUUUUUGUAUGCUAAUUUUCUCUGUUCAGAUGGGAUUUGGAGAUGCUAUGUUCUGAUUUGAAAAGCUGUUUCAGAGUUACUGUGUUAGUAGUCGUGCUGUGGAUAGGGACUCUUGAUGUCCUUUGCCUACCAGAGUCUGGGUCUGAGCCUUGCCUUUCCAGGAUUUGCUAUUCAUUAAGUUUGGUUGGUAUUCCCAUCAUAAGCAGUGUAAACCAGGCUGCUAGUUUAAUUUACAGUGAGGCACAGUCUUUUCCAGUGGUUGGAAUACUUGUAUCACCAUCCAGGGCUCCUCCUUCCUGAGUUUGAAAUACCUGGGAAACCAAAGUAAUGAUUAGAAAGUGGCUUGGUGGCCUAGGAGUCAAGGGUCACGAAGGGUACUUCAUGUGAGUGUGGCACAGCUGGCGUGGGUGUCCUUUGAUAAAUGACUGGCACCAAUGACAGAUUUUGUUCACUUCUCUUUACCAAGUUUUAUGCUGAAUAACAUCUAAUUUCUAUCUGAGUAUAGUAUGUCUACUUUCUCUUAUUUAAUUUCUAUAAAUCUGCCUUUGUUUUUCUUAAGUGAAAUACAGUA